GUUGGGCGCAGGUCCCGAUCGAUUCAUCGCUUCCGAAAAGACGUGGAGCGAAUAGCCUCCGUCGACGAGCGGCAACGAAGGACCGUCGCUCCCAUCCCGACAAAGAAAAACAGCGAGCGUAUUUUCGAUUUUGAAAAAAAGUAAAUAUGGCGCUAGACUUUGCGGCUACCUACAAGGUUCUCGUUCUAGGAGAUUCGAACGUUGGUAAAACUUGCAUCGUUCAUCGGUAUUGCGAUGAGCGGUACUAUGACACUUACAUAUCAACCAUAGGCAUCGACUUCAAACAAAAAAUUAUCAAUUUAGAUGGUACUCCGAUUAAACUCCAAAUAUGGGACACCGCUGGCCAAGAAAGGUUCAGAACUCUCACGACGGCCUAUUACCGUGGAGCGAUGGGCAUUCUUUUGAUGUAUGACGUUACCAGCAUGGAGAGUUUUAAUCAUCUUUCGUAUUGGCUUCGUAAUAUCCAAGAGAAUGCCUCGCCAGAUGUAGUUAAAGUGUUGGCAGCUAAUAAAUGUGAUGCCACAACUCACAGGGCAGUUGAUGCUGUCAGAGGAAAUAAAAUUGCUGAAAAUUUCGAUAUGCCCUUUUUCGAGGUUUCCUGCAAAGAAAAUAUUAACAUCGAAGAAGCGUUCUUAACUUUAGCCAGGAGAAUACGGGAACAACGGGGUCGUCGAGCAAGCCUAUUCGAAGCUUCGGAGAGGGAAGGAGCAAAUGCAGUGAUAACAGCUCAGUCGCCGUCGCAGCAAGGCGAUGCAUGGCGUUGCACGUGUUAGCCUGGGGCUUGAUAUUCUGACUGCUGGGUCUUUAGUGACAGCUAUAGAGGCUCCUUGAAAGAAGUGGUAUGGUUUUAUAAUGCAAAGCUCAUCGAUAUUAUGAUAUUUAAAUGAUAUAAAAAGUAUUGAAGUACUGGAGUAUCAAGGUCUUAAUCUUAGGAACGUUCGUUCAUUCCUAAUUUUUAAGACUUAUAGAAACACAGAAAAAUUGAAAAAAAAAAAAAAUACCUACGGAAUUUUAUAUACGUACAUAGUAUUCAUAUGUUUUUUUAACGUUGGCUGUCUAGAGAGAAGAUAAUUUUUUUCGAACGGUUUGGUAAGUGUGUCAAUCUAAUUUUCAUAUUAAAGAAGGAUUCGGAAUAUGCUUUUGUUCCGUGAUUAACUUGUCGGCUUAGUAUUUAUUGAUAGUUCCGUUUUUCCAAAAUUCUCAAAAAAUUCUGCAAAAUUCUUUAUUACGAUUAUUUCAACGAUUAGUUCCGUAACAGAAUAAGUUUUUUUUUUUCUUCGCUAAUAUGAGGAAGUAUUAAAAGAAGCAGGGAAAAAAAUUAUUCCAUUGUGAAGCUGAUCUCGAAACGCUCCGAACAAAAAAUAGAACAUUUGCCAACCUCGAACGAUCUUGAAAAAUCGGAAUAUUAUUCUUACUUGUUCAGCAAAUCUUUCUGUAUCGUGUAACUUGACGUAAUGUACCAUAUUAAAAUUUUAACGCAACUGAUCACCUUCGAAAGAAUCUGAGGAUCUCCGGAUACGUUCACGUACAAAACUUUGCCAACAAAUUGACAUACUGACCCGAAAACUUUAGAACAAAUUAUUUGGUCUGUGCAUAGGUACAAGAAAAAAUGCUAUAACAGUAUUGGACAAGUGCUACUCUUACGAAGAAAAUGUGUUGGUUCCAGGAUUUCGUCAAGCUUUUCGUUAAUUCAGUAUUGAAGUAGUUGAUUGACUCUACAGUUUCGUAGAAGUUGAAAGAGUAGCCCUAGUCCAGUUUUCUUGAGAAAAUAUGUCAUUAUGUGCGUAUAUAAAAGCAGUUAAUGGGGCACAAAAUGCAAGAUUAGUUGAUUUAUGAAACUGAAAAAAUGAAACAUUACAAGUUAACGCGCUUUUAAAUUCUCUAGACAUCGAAGGAUUCAAAAGAUAAAUUAAGGACGUAUAGUGCUAUAUUAAAAGUCUACAUAUUCCAUAUAGCCGUACAUACAUCUAUUGUACGCGAAAAUGCAACGGCUUUAUAAGACAUUUGCGUUGGAGAUACAACUAUAUGUUUCCACAUUUAUUAUUAUUAGAUAAUAAUCGCCUGCUGGUAUAGAAAACGUAAAACCUUUACGGAAAGAAACCUUCAUCUCGUUGUCAAUAUUAUGAUUAUAGGUUGAAGUAAAAUUGAUAAACUUUCCAUGGCUGUAUGUCAAUUCCUAGACAGUUUGUAAAACGUAUAGAAGAACUCUAACUGCUUUUGGACGCGUGAAAAUGAUGCUUUUAAAUUUGAAUAGUUUCAAAAUAUGUUCGUGCUGCUAUUGGUUUUUUCUUAUGUUACAAUAGUGAGUAAACACUGCAUUUAUGAAGAUGGACCAAAAAUUGUUUUAUGAUUGUUGAUGAAUAUAAUUUUUGGGAAUUUUGUCUCACCAAUCAAUGAUGCAAUUCGAUUGGGAUUUGUUUUGUUCGAAAAUAUAUAGAAACAGUUUUUAUUUCCACAUUCUUUUCAUUCGAAUAAAUUUCAAAAGCGAUUCAACUGACGUACUUUAAAUUCGGCAAAAGUAUUCUCGGACACUUAUAUCUUCUUUGUCACGAAACGAUCCUUUUCUCUACAAAAUAGCCACCGUUUGAAGUUUGAUUUUUCGUCAAGAAUUUACCAUUUCUUUAUUUAAUUAUCAAAUAAUAAUACGAUAAUGAAAAGAAACGUGGGGUCGUGCCAUAGAGGAUAAAUAAGAAUACUGCCUCUGAAUUCAAAGUGACUCAGUUUGAGUCAUUUUUGAGAUAGCAUGCAAUGGGCACCUCCAUUCCAAUAAACGAAUACGUAAAUGGAGAUUGUCAUGUUUUUGAAUAAAACAAACACCAAUCGAAUUGAAUGAUUAGUUAACGAUUUAUAAAUUCCCAAAUUUAAUCAAAUUUUUUAGCCUUCUACUCGUAUAUGUCUUCUCCUGAAUAGUAACUGAUGAUGAGAUGCAAGAUUGAUCCGUUAUUGUGAUUCAGGUAAAGGCCUCAUGAUUAGAAAUCAGUUGAUUUGUAUGUAUGUAGUAAGCAAGCGCUGAGCGCGUAAGGCCCCGCUGACCCGUUGUGUCAUAUAUUCAUAUAUUUCAUGACGUCAGAAGCAGGGAAAUUUCCUUGUCGAAUCGUGCCAGAACGGGGGUACGAAUCUGACCAGAAAUUCACAAAUCGUAGCUUGAAUAAAAGAGUAUGUCAGUAUCUCAUUUAUUGCUAACGUAGAUCGCUGAUAGUAUUUAGUAUGAAUAAUGAUGAAAUAAAUAAAAUCACGUCACAUCAAACAUGGCUGAUCGGAACUACCGAUUCGUUGAAUAUUCACCGCUUCUACGAUUUCAGAAUUUCUUUCACUUCCGACAGGGAGAUGCAGACGUAUAAAAGCACACACACAAUCCGGGAAAACCUAUUUCACCUGUUAUCUUUUCGUAAAUAUGGCACGAUUCGACAAGGAAAUUUUCAGGUGGCAAUGACCCGUUUAUGAUCCACAAGAAGUCUGUCUCCACUUGUAAGUAAUUUCAUUGGCCGGAUCUAACGGAACUGGGCAAUGAAAUCAGCGGCCUUAGUUCAACGUUGAAUGUCCAGAGGCGCUGUAAGUGCUUAUGACGUCACGCAAUGGAUAUUUACAAGCUAGGUCAGCGGCGCCUCAUUGAUGGUGUUUGGCCUGACUCUGACAAGAAGAGUAUCAGACCUUCGGAUCACGGAUUUUGCUCGAACUUUUAUACUGGUAUUUCUUUGGCCCAAAAAAUGCUACUUCUGAUGUUUGGUUUCAUCCAUUGAGCCUUCCUUCGCUCAAUUUACAAAAGUUCAGGUUGUUCUAAAUUUUCAAUAUGGCUCUGAGAUAAUAAUAUAUUCAUGAUUUACAUUAGAAUUUAUAAGAGCCUGUCAUCGAAACUAAAGCAGAGGCCAAUGAAAACUUGUAUUUAAGACAAAAAUGCACAUCAGAUUUCGUUUAUUACGGCAUUUUACUCAUCAAACUGAUAAUUUAAUUAAUUUCGAGGGAACACGGAACACGGAACAAUGGACGAAACUAUACACCAGAAGGUCUUUAUUUUGGGCCAGAAACACCCCUUUACAGAUUUUCAACUGAAUCCGGGAUUCAGAGGUCUGACACUCCUUGUUAGAGCAAGUCGACGGUACAUAUAAUUCAUAAUCUUCGUUUUUGCUGGCAGAAACAAAAAAGCCUUCAUUGUGCCUAUUAACGAAGAAAAAUAUUAAAGCGACAUAAAAUAAGCUGCUUUGUAUACACGGAGUAAAUAUCAUAAAUGGCGCAUAUAAGAUACCUAAAUAAAUUAUUUGUGAAAAUUACAUGAAUGGGACGAGAACGACUAGUGGAAGUGAAAAAAAUCGAAUGAAUUGCUGGAAUUAAGCAAAAUCUAACCGUUCAUGAAUUGGUACAAAGAAAAUCGAUUUCUGACAGGCUUUGUAUUAUCGCGAAAUAAUGUAUUAUUGUUGCUUUUGUAUAUUUGUAACUUACAGCAAUUUGUAUAAACUCUUUGAUAUAUGACUAUCCUAUGUGCUAAGCGUUUGUAGCUCGUUAAGGUUAAUUAUGAAUUGGGGCGGGCGUCUUGUUUAAAAAAAUAUUUAAGUUUAAGAAAUUUUUAUUCAACUAUAUAUGUUGCUUCUUUAAACGCACAAUUUAUUAUCGACACGCACUACGGCUGAAACGAUCUCUUAACAGGAAUUGCCGAAUUCCGUAGAAACUGUUGCAUACUAAGCAGCACCAAAGCUAAUAGACCUAGACCAAAAAGUAUUUACUGUAAAUUUACAAUUUCUUCAUACCUAUUUUUUUCAUCAAAACGCUGGAUCGUAAUAUUAUCGCCGCCCCAUAGGAAAAAUUUUCUUCUCUUAAGCUGGUCUUUUGAGAAAAUUUAAGAGCGUUUUAUAAAAAUUUGUUACCAUUUAUCCCACGUUGUAUUUUAACGCUUUUCGCCAUAGUUCAAUUAUGCACUCUGGAGUGCCCUGACCAAUAUUAAUUUUACCGCAGAGUUUAUCAAUUGUGCGAUUUUAAAUUUGAAUCUGAAUAAACGGAACCUUGAGCAGUAAUAUUCAAGGCAAAACACUACCAUGUCAAUUGCUUAUGCUUUUAUCUGAACUUCGCAGAGGCCCAUAUUUUCCAAGCUGUUUUAUAAAAUUAUAAUGUCACAUCUAUUACCCACGAACGAGGGGUUGACAUGCACCUUCGUAACCCCGUGUAAACUAUUCGUGAAAUCUUAUAAAAGUAUUUAAAAUUUCUGAAAUCCCGUAAAAUAAUGUGUUGAAACCCCGCGAAAUCUUUUGAAAUCCCAUAAGAUCUCUGAUAUCCAAUGAAAUUUUUUGAAACCGAAUGAAAUUCUUUGAAAUUCGUUGCAAAAUUGCAAUAAAAUGAUCAAGUCAUUUAAAUUCUCUGAAAUCAUUGAGAUUAUGUUGUCUACAUACAAAUUAAUGAGUGGUCAAUCCGUCGCCCAUGAACGUGGCUCUUACAAUUAAACCACACUACUACUGCUUCAGUGACACAGCCCUCGGGAAUAAUUGAUAAUGGUCUCUGAGAGUACGUAAAAUAAUUGGAAUCCAGUGCGUGGAGUUUUGGAGUCUUGCAGCGCGCUAGUAAUCGCUUUGGAGUUAAGUCUGUGACUGAAGUAAAAGCUCAAUUUGAACAUUAAAGCCCAUUGAUGGAUAAUUGUAAGCACUGUAAGCACUAGUGGUCUCCGGUAAUAGACAUUACUCACGGUUAUGUAUAAUACUACAAAGGUGAUUACUCCCGAGGGGGUCAGACGUAGGAAAGAACAGGGCUAGUUGUGACAGGUAAGUUGUUACAGUCAAAUUGUACAUAACAUGUCUGAACCGAUUAACGAUCCUAUGUAAAAUAUUGUAUUACAUUUAUUCGAAAAGUUUGAAGUAGUUAUUGAGAGACAAUUAUGCAAUAGUGAAGCAAGUAGACCACCAGCUUGCAUAUACAUUACAUUAUAUCCUGUAGAGGGAAAGCAAAUUGGGUUGCAUGAAUUUGAAUGAGUUUUAGCUUCAACUUUCAAGAAGAUACAAACUGCAUAACGCAUCUUCUGGAGAUCGUAUUUUUUUCUUACUAUCAAUACUAUAUACUGCCACUAAAAUAUUCCUCUGGGAAAAGACCGGUGAUAAUUUUUUGAGGCAAGAUACGUCAAGCUCUACAAGAACUAGAAGCGCAUUGGUAACAUUUUAUUGGUGGGAAUGGAAAUCGUAAGUCAUAGUUACAGAGUAAUCGGUUCGUACAUUGCAUGUGUUGCAAGAGAUGGGCUCGCGUAGUGGAAUUUGCUUUGUAAAUAGUACAAUUCAUCCUGAUUUGCCUCGCCAAAAUUUUAUUAAUAAAUCUAAAUAUAAUUUCUACUAGAAAUAUAUAUUCAUUUUAGUACGAUCUGUUAUACUUGUAGGCUCGUAUUAUGUUGCUUCUCAAAAAAAGCAAAACCGUAAAUUUUUGAGAAUAUAUCACAUGGUCACAUUAGCAUCUUUUGAUAAUCAAAAAUACUUAUAAAACAAACGAUUUUAUUUGCUCGAUCUAAGUAUCUAACUAAACUACAACUUAUUCACGUCUACAUGGAUUCGAAUCAAUGCAUCUGUGGUUCGAUGCAGUUAAAUAAUUUGUUUGUCGGAAGUGAACGACUACUGGAGAUUGUUCAUGUAAUAUGAAUUUAUAAAAUCGGACUUUUUUUUUAAAUCAAUUAUUUGCGUAAAACUGUGAUAUCUAUAAAGUUAUAAAAAAUAUUUAAUCAAUUAAAGUUAUAAAUGGAUUGAUUCAAAUGUGAUAUUCAAGCAAAUCUAUAAAUGAUAUUGGCUAGUUGAUUCACGUAAAUAGAACUAAAACUUGUUAUUACUAACUUUAUUUUCAUUUUAACAAUUUCACUUCUCGUUGUAAGAACUGCCCCGAUGUGAAGCGACUCAUUGAAAUACACAUAUAUUCUUUACACAUGGAAAUAAUAUUUUUGCAACGUUGCGUUGAUUUAAAGAUGCCGAAUUAAUUGCGUACAAUGGGUCGGAGACCAUUGAUUUAACGAAAACUUCUGAUUUGCCAAAUUUUCCGUAAAAAAAAUUUUAUCCGUAGAUGAUUAUUGAGUUGAAAUACUUCCUCACCUUCAAUUGCUCUCUCCUACCUAAAUUCGAGUACACGCUUGUGGCGUAGCGAAGCAAUGUAUGGCAUCGAUAACUGUAAGGCUAUCAUCUGUAGAUGGUUUUGGAUUAAUUUUGCGAAUAAAAAAGUGAGGCUUUGGUUUUCUCACGUGGAAUCAACAUACUGCAAAAAAUACGAUGAGAUAAGUUUUUUCAAAUUAAAUACGGUCAAGGCAGAGUCAUGCAUUUUUUUCCCAAAAGAUGCCACAGCGCCAUAUUUUCAUUCCCAAUAGUAAUAUUUCAUCAGAUAUCAGAUAACCCAUCACAAAAAAAGAAAAACCAUCGAUGGUUGGGCUUAAUAACAAUUCACACGAGAUGUCGUUCAGUUUCCGUCAGCCUCUAAGAUAUUGGUUUAGUUUUACUUAUAAUAUUGGUCACAGUAACCCAUUCUGAGAAUUUUUCAGCAUUUAUACUAUGUGCAAUUAUUGUGAAAUAAUAAGCAUAUGUUUGUAACCUUUUAAUCAAUCACUUUGUAGAAAAAUUCGGUGUUCGAAUGGUUCAUAAAUAAUCAAGCGCACUUUUUACAUGUAUUGCAUGUACUUGUGUUGUGUUUUGCACUGAGAAAAUGUAUGUAUAUAUGUUUGUAAUAUGUAAUAACUCGUCACCAUCCAAUCAUUUAUUGUUUGAAUUUGUAUUUCUGAUUACAAUGUCUAAUUACCUCAUCAACAUUGAAGAUAAUAUACUCGAGAAGCACGAACUUAGUAAUUUAAUAAUCAUGUCAUUUCAUUAUAAAAAUUGAACAGUUUGAAACAACUUCGAUAUCUAGCGAAUGUCAAUAGACCAUAUGACUGACUUAAAGAACGACUGUGCCAAAUCAUUUUCUACUGUCAUCAGUAAUUUUGUAACAGUAAGAUGAAUGGCAUGAAUAUUUCACUUUCUUUCUUAAUAAAUGUCUGAAACUAAAUAAUAUCUUUGCUUAAUGUUUACGUGGUUGAAAGUUGUACCGUAUAAGUAACUAUUUUUUAAUUUCAAGACUGUGUGAAAUUUAGUAAACCGUCUAGUAAAACAAAAUGUACUCAUAUUUUGCAAAUUUAACUACUUCAAAGUCGCUCUUAAGUAUCCACAAUGGAUUGAAUUUUUCAAUAUUUGGUUACUUUUAAUUUACUAACUUCAACCUUAUCAUUUUUUUAGAUAUGUGAGGUGUGGUGUUGAACGUAAUACAACUACUACAUUGGCAAACGAAUUAGAAAAAUGUAACGUUUUUAUUUGGUGCAAUAUAAAUUUUUAUUGUUUACAUAUUCACAAAACUUUGAAAGCUUGUGGAAUGUAUUACAAUAAUACAAUGCGUGUAUAUUAACAGUGACCAUUGCGAUGUCACAUGUUAAUUGUGAAGUAAUUAAAUGGCGCUAUGUAUUGAGUAAUGAGGUGAGUCAAGAAAACAAUCACACACAUUCUGGGAAAAUAAAACGCAAAUAUCCAGCUCUGUAUUUUAGCAAACCUGAAAUGCAAUUGUUGGAAAUUUAAAAACCUAUUCCACAUUACCUUCAAACACGUAAUAAUUUUUUCAUCAAUGACU